CUCAAACUAUCAUCUUUUGUUAUGGCUGGUGGUGGUGGUGGUGGUUGUCGUUCUGCUCGUCAUCGUCUGGUCCGUCGUCUUGCAGCACCGCCGCAGUGCUGUCCGUCUCGCCCUUGUGGUGGUGCCUCUCGCUGGCCCGCCUGUCGGCGGCAGAGGGCGACGCAUCCUGCUCUGUGGACGGCGCAGGGCCCGGUGCGGGUGUGGAUGCCGACUCCUUCUUGUCGUCCUGCUGUGUGUGCGGGGUGCCGUCGUCCUUGGUGGUGUUGUUGUCUGUGGUGAGUUGCGGUGCGUGUGCCUCAGUGUCCUGGUUGUUGUCGUCUUCUUCCCUGGGAGCGGGGGGAGGGGGCUCGGUGACGGGUGGGGAGAUGUCCCACUUGGUCUGGGAGGCCGCAAGGGGGGUCAGCAGCUCGGCCACCGACGCACUGCCCUCCUCUUGCUGCUUCUCCUUGCGGAUCGUGAACGACACACCAGUGUAAUCCUCAACUGAGAGUUGAGACACAACCACACACACAGGCAGACAGACAGACAGACAGACAUGGACAAAUGCGUGGGUGCCUUCGUGUUUUGCCUCAUGUGUCUGUCUGUCUGUUUGUGUGUGUGGCUACUCACCCCAGUAGUACCACUGCGUUUCCGCCCUGAGUUUGUAGAAUUUCUCGCCGGGCUCGGCGUACCGCGGCGCGUGCUGGGGCGUGUCCGCUUCCAUGAAUACGCGCUUGGCCACACAGUGCGUCGGCUGGUGCUGAUAUGUGAGAUCAGAUCACACAAACCCAACCGACAGAGAACACAAUGGAUGUCCAUGCCAUGCAGUCUGCAGGGUGGCCAGGCAGCCCGAGGUCUGAUCAGAUCUGAUCUGCCUUCCUCUUCCUCCCUCCCUCCCUGCCGCCUGUCUGUCUGUCUGUCUGUCUGCUUCCCCUCCCUCGGCGCCCCGCCUCUGUUUGCUCACCGGCUGGUACACCUUGAGUUCGCCGUUGGAGAAUCCCCACGUCAUGGCUGCCGCCGGCUCACACGACACAACCAACACGCCGCUGUCCACACAAACGCCACGCUAUGCUACGCUCGCUGCUCUACAGUACGCUGCUGGCUACAGAAAACCCGAC